AUGUCACAAAUUGUGACUGAAAAUAUGAAAAUUCAUCCACCAUCAUUGCGUUCCAAUGAAGACAUAUUACCAAUGACAAUACAAGAAAGAAUAAAUCGUCUUAAAGAUGAAAUUGCUACAGUGAAAGAAUUGCUGGAAAUAGAACCAGAAAGCAAAUGUUCAAAAGCAAUAUUUGAAACAGCUAUAAAUAAUUUAAUUCAAGCAUCUCCUGAUGCUCUACAGGAGAUUACAUUUAGAGAUAAUAAGUUAAUUAUAUCAGAAACAACGCAAUUAUCUACGUUUACACUAACUAGUAAAAACCUUACCCUUAUCCCCACGCCGUCUAUUUUGUUGCAUAUUCGUAUAUUGGAUUUAUCACAUAACAAGCUUACUUCUAUUACUUUUAUUUCCAAUUUGAUUCAUCUACAAGAAGUAGACGUUCGUAAUAAUUGCAUAUCAAGUAUAAAUGGAGUGAACAGGUUAAGAUUUUUAAGAGUGCUAAAUGUUCAAUCAAAUUUAAUAGGAUCAUGGGAAGCAGUUAAAAAUGGUUUUGUGAAAUGGCAAGGUGGUGAAUGUAAAGUAUAUUUAUCUGGCAAUCCGUUUAUAGAUGAGA